UUCUCUGAGAGCAGGCGGCGAAGGGAGCUCUCAUCUACCUUUUAACUUUGAAAAUGGCUUUUAUGACUUUGUGUUUGGGGUAUGUCACGUUGUCGGGAUGCGAUUUUGUGUGAGCGGGAAGACAAAAGAGGAGGGAGGAGGGGAGACGGGCUAGACAGGCCUGCGGGGCGAAGUUCAGGAAGGGCCUCCGUCGCCGGUUCCCGUAGGAAUGCCUUGCCAGCACAGGCAUCUAGGCCACGGCUCCGGCCCCGGGAGCUGCACGGAUGCUGUGGCUUCUUACUACUUCACACGGACCCACCCAGGGUAAAUAGCUGUGUGAAAAGUGGUGAGCAUGUCCUGGAGGAGUUGGAAACAGAAGGGGAGAGGCAGCUGAAAAGCCUCCUUCAGCAUCAACUUGAUACCUCUGUCUCCAUUGAGGAAUGUGUGUCUAAGAAAGAGAGCUUUGCUCCUGGUACUAUGUACAAGCCCUUUGGGAAGGAAGCAGCUGGGACUAUGACUUUGUCCCAGUUCCAGACACUGCAUGAGAAGGACCAGGAAACUGCUUCUCUUAGGGAACUGGGGCUCAAUGAAACAGAAAUCUUGAUCUGGAAGAGCCAUGUUUCAGGUGAAAAGAGGACAAGACUGAGGGCAACCCCGGAAGCAAUCCAGAACCGUCUUCAAGAUAUUGAAGAAAGGAUCUCGGAGCGUCAGCGCAUCCUCUGCCUACCACAGAGAUUUGCCAAGAGCAAACAGCUGACCCGGCGAGAAAUGGAAAUCGAAAAGUCUUUAUUUCAGGGAGCCGAUCGGCACUCCUUCCUCAAGGCUCUUUAUUACCAAGCAUACCACAAAAAGACAAGUGCAGACAAGUACAUGACCUCAAUGAAGAGGAAGAUAAAAUUAGGCACAAAAGAUGAACCCCAAAAGAAGAACAAAGGUGAUCCCAUGAACAACCUGGAAAGUUUUUACCAAGAGAUGAUAAUGAAAAAACGUCUUGAAGAGUUCCAACUUAUGAGAGGUGAACCCUUUGCUUCCCACUCACUGGUCUCAGCUACAUCAGUGGGAGAUAGUGGCACAGCUGAGAACCCGUCAUUACUCCAGGACAAGGGAAAACAGGCAGCACAGGGUAAAGGUCCCAGUCUCCAUGUGGCAAAAGUUAUUGAUAAUUCACCUGAGCAGUGUUGGACUGGGCCUAAGAAGCUGACGCAGCCAAUAGAAUUUGUCCCAGAAGAUGAGAUCCAGAGAAAUCGUUUGUCAGAGGAAGAGAUCCGAAAAAUUCCUAUGUUUUCUUCAUAUAAUCCAGGGGAGCCAAACAAGGUGUUAUACUUGAAGAACCUUAGCCCUCGGGUGACCGAAAGAGAUCUUGUCUCACUGUUCGCUCGGUUCCAGGAGAAAAAAGGACCACCAAUUCAAUUCCGAAUGAUGACUGGACGAAUGAGGGGGCAGGCUUUUAUCACCUUUCCCAGUAAGGAGAUAGCAAGGCAAGCAUUAUAUCUAGUAAAUGGAUAUAAACUACGUGGGAAAAUAUUGGUGAUAGAAUUUGGAAAGAACAAAAAGCAACGGUCAGAUCUCCAGGCUGCUUCUCUCAUAUCAUCUGCUACAGAUAACAUGACAGAAAUCAGUGGUAGCUAAAAGAUAUAUAGAUGGUGAGUCCCAGGAGGUCUUCCUUGCAUCAGAAUCUUGGAUCUAGUAUUUGUGUAUAGAUAGAGUUUGGAUUUGAAGAAGAGAAACUGAGGGAGAGAAAAAUUAAGAUAAUCCCUCUCAGUUUCAGGAUGAAUUGGUAGAAAACACUUUUUAUAAUCAAAGACUAUAUAGGACAGACAUGCCAAGUAUGAAAUAUAGGAUACAAAAAGUAUCAUUUUCUCAGGAUAAAUUACAAAUGAUUAUUUCUAAGGAUUUUUUUUAAAUCUUUAUGAUUUAUCUGGGGUCUUCAGUAUUUGUCCAUAAAUAUAACAUUCUUUCUAAGAUCUCCUCCUAUAUGCAGAACCAAAAAACUAAUUAAAUGUUGAAAUACUUAUUUACUAGAGCUCCCUAUUAUCCCUAAUUAUAACCACCUAGUAAAUAAAGGACUAAGACCCCAGGCCUAAACAUCAACAAAUGCUGUUGAGUGGGAACUAUCAGCAGUGACAAUAUGUAUUUUCAUAAAUCAGUCCACAUAUUUAAUGAAUGCUUCCCCAUAAAGUUACCAGUGUCUUCAAAAAGCUAUAUAUUUUUCUAAUUUUAGAUCAAAAUAUUGAUGUUCUCAUAGUCAUUUAAGCUAGCUACCAUUGAGUAAUCAUUGAAUUCAAAGCAAUAAACAUUGAAUGACUAUUUAAUAUAUGUUAUAUAUUAGGUAUAUGAAUUUACCAUUAGGUAUAUGAAUUUACCCUAAAGGAGGAUGGGAAGAAAGCAGUCUCUAGAAGAGAGCCACCCAUUCCCAAAUCCCUCAGUUGUGUGCUUGUAGUUGCUGGCGAAUAGCAAGAAAAUAUGAUAUAGAGGAUGUAGUACAAACUUUGGAAUCAGACCUGUGUUUGAACUUCACAGCCACACUUAUCACUUCAUGACCUUGGCAAGUCACUUUAUCUGAGCCUCAGUUUUCUCAUCUAUUAAAUGAGGAUAAUAAUAUUACUUACCUCACCGGGUUAUAAGUAUUAAGUGAGAUGAUAUUAUUUU